UUGAUUCUUCCCGGCGGCCCCUUUCUCCUGCCAAGCGACGGGCAGCCGAGAUGGCGGCAGCGGCUGGCGGGGCGUCGCCGUGUUGCGGGGCCACCAGUUUCCAGCGGAAGGCCGCGGCCGGCAGCCGCUUGGCCGCUGUGGCGGGCACCCGGCCCUCCGUUCGCCACGGGCAGCUGCUGCUCUCCAGCGGGCUCCCCUCCCUGGACUGUGUGCUAGGUGGAGGCAUAGCUGUUGGAACCCUUCUUCUUAUUGAGGAAGAUAAAUAUGGUCUUUACUCCAAUUUGUUGUUCAAGUAUUUUCUUGCAGAGGGAGUUGUCUGUGGACAUGACUUGUUUGUUGCUUCUGCUAAAGAGCAUCCUGACAACAUCUUAAAGGAGCUUCCAGCCCCUUUUCUUGAUGAGCAAAGAAAUGAAUUGGGAGAAGAAGCAACAGCUGUUAAGUCUGCAGAUUUUCAGGAUUCUAUGAAAAUAGCCUGGCGCUACCAAAAUUUACCAAAAAUUGAGGCCAGCCCAACAACAUCUACUAAGUUUGGUCAUUAUUAUGAUAUAUCCAAAACAAUGUCUCCAGAACUGUUUCAGUCAAUAAAAUGGCACAGUUUUUACCUUCCUGAAGAAUUGUCUUUACAGCCUACAGUGAAAACAUGUAAUAUGAACAGUGCUUAUGGAAGGCUGCUUCUGUCCAUUCAGAGGGUCAUUUACCAGGAAGGGUUUGAUGGCUCUGAUCCCCAGAAAAAACAAAAGAAUAUUUUGCGGAUAGGAAUUCAGAGUCUGGGCUCUUUGUUGUGGGGUGAUGAUAUUUGUUGCAGUGAUACUCCUGAAGAUAUUCAUAGCCUUACAAAAUUCCUGUAUGUUCUCCGUGGCCUCCUCAGAAAGUCUUUGUCAGCCUGUAUCAUUACCAUACCUGCUCACCUUAUUGAGAAUAAAGCAAUUAUGGAACGUGUAACAAACUUGUCAGAUACAGUACUUGGUCUUGAAUCAUUUAUUGGCUCAGAGAGAGAAACCAAUCCAUUAUACAAGGACUACCAUGGUUUGGUUCAUGUACGUCAGAUUCCUCGGCUUAAUAGCUUGAUCUGUGAUGUGUCAGACACGAAGGAUCUUGCUUUUAGAUUAAAAAGGAAGCUGUUCACCAUUGAGCGACUGCAUUUGCCUCCAGACUUGUCAGACACAGUGAGCCGCACAAGCAAACAGGAGCUGGCAGGAUCCGCCAAACUGCUGAGCUCAGGAUGUGGUGCUAUGGCCAUCGGCAAGAAGCACCUGGACUUCUAGUGAUUUCUGCUUAGCAGUUUCACUCAGAUUUGUAUGACACUCUAAUUAUGAGUGUUAAUGACUUAUAUAAAUAUUUUUCUUAAUGAUUUGACCCAGCAGUCUUUAAAAAUACAUGUGAUCAUAUGGUGCCACCUUUUUUUUUUUCUUUUUGUUCUGGGUUUUGUGUUUUUUUUAACUAAUUUUGGGCUUGUUUGGAUUUUACUUCUGUUAUGUUGGGUCCUGCCAUUGUUCUGCUCGACUGUAAACAUGCAGUAUUUCGUUCCUUUCCUUAAAAUAAAAAAAUUACUCUUACCAUUUCAUUUUUAGAUCGGGUCAUUUUUACAGUUUAAAAAAAAGGCUGUUUUUUCCAAUGGAAUUUUUAUAUACUUUCAUGCCAUUUUUUGUACAAAUAAUAAGUUGGACGAUUCAUUGAAAUAAAGGAAUGAAAUUAA